ACCAAUCAAGCAUUUCAUCAUUGCACACGACAAACCUCUCAUCCUCCUCAUUCCUCACCCCAUUCUUUCAACCUCUCACUUUCUGCAUUUCCCUUCACAUAGAAAAACACCAGAUCACUCCAAAUUCCUCAAGAAACACAAAAGGGUUGCUGUUUCUUAAACUUCUUUAGCCCUGAGUAUCGUCCCGCCAUGGACAGGCUCGUGAAGCCGGACGUGACCGAGGUCGAAUUGACGUUCAAGAAGGGCCAGAAAUGCACCAAGACGUUCCGGGUAACCAACCUCAUGCACACCAUGUCUGUGGCAAUCUCCCUGUCCACCACCAACACUUCCCUCUUCAGCUUCAACCAGCCUUACUCCAUAAUCCCACCCCUGUCUUCCGCGUCCUACACAAUUGUCUCGGCCCCGUCUGACCACCCGGCCCUCUCGUUGCCCCCUGAUUUCAUCACCGUCAGAUCUUCCAUGCUCCCCACCGGGAAAGCCCACCAGGACGACCUCCGCCGCCUGUUCUCGCGGCCUGGCCCCCAUGUCUUCAAGGACGCCACCAUGCCCAUUGCCUUCGUUGGCCUCCAGGUGAUUGAAUUCCUCAUCAAACAGAACACCCAGAUCAGAGAGACCGAAUCAUUGCUGAAGAAGGCGAUUCCUGGGUGUGACCAGUCCCAGCUCACCAAGCUUUUGAAGUAUGCAAUCGCGUGCGGGGACGCGGGAAUCGUGGCGAGCCUGAUCGACGGCGGCGCUGAAGUUAACGAUGUAAAUCCCGACGGAACAUCCUUGAUAAGCCUGGCAAUUGAAGCUGGAAAUCUCGAGAUACUGAAAAUCCUGAUAGCUUCAGGCUCUUCAGUCAGCAAAAAGAGCAAACACGCUGAUCACAUCCUCCACAAGGCGGCGGAGAUGAACCGGGUCGACCUCAUGGAAGUCCUGUUCAAGGCUUUCAAGGACAUCAUCGACCCGAACGAGCCCGACCCCGACGGGAGGAGCCCGUUCCACGUCGCGGCGGCCAACGGCUUCGUCGAUGCGAUCAGGUUCUGCGUUGCGGCCGGCGCCGACGCCGACGCAACGGACUCCGCUGGUUCGACGCCUCUCCACCUCGCCGCCGCCAGGGGCCACACUGAGGCGGUCGAGUACCUGGUCAACCACUCGACGUACGCGAGGCACGCGGUGGACGGGGACGGGAAGACGGCAUUCGCGCUCGCGGCGGAGAACGGGCACUCGCGGCUGCUCGACUCGCUGCGGCUGCGGGACGUCCUGCUCCGGGCGGCGAGGGUCGACGACGUCCACGGGAUGAAGAGCUGCCUCGCGGAAGGAGCCGACGUGGACGCGAGGGACCAGAACGGGUGGACGCCGCUGCACAGGGCGGCGUUCAAGGGGCGGGUCGAGAGCGUGAAGGUGUUGCUGAGCCACGGGGCGAGCGUGAACGCGGUGGACGACGCUGGGUACACUCCGUUGCAGUGCGCGGUGGAGGCAGGGCACGCGCAUCUCGCUCUACUGCUGAUCGCGCACGGAGCGAAAGCGAGCCCGAAGGGCCCGAAAGGCACGGCUCCUCUCAGCUCCGACGUGGCAAAGCAUCGCCUCGACCGUCCGUGUUUCUUGUAUCCUCUGUGCCGCGAGAAGGGACGAGCUUGAACGGAGGCUGCCACCACCUGUUCGACGAAAUGGCGCAACGAAGAAUGGAAGACAAAAACGAAGAGGCCACCACCUGUUUGACAAAAUGUGUGUGUAUACUGGAAUCUGUAUAUAGUUUUGUGAAUAGUGUGAUUCACCAUUUGAUUGGAUGGUGUUGGAUGGUCGAAUAGAGGGAGAGAGAAGAUGUAUUGUAGUGUUCAUUUCCCUCUCCCAGCCAGUUCUGACCUCCAAAUUUGGUUGCAUCGGCGUUGCUUGUCUCGUGUAUACUGGAAACUUGAGUCUAGGAAAGAAAAACGCCAUUGAAUGUGCAGCUUCUUUAGGGAUUAGACGUUG